CUGGCAUUUUUCCUUUGGCAACUUAUUUUAUAUCCUUGACUGUGUUUUCAAUUAAUGCUUGAAGUGUUUGUUAUCCUUUAAAGUAACCACAGAGUAGAGUAGUUUUUCAGAAUCCAAGUUUAAAGGAAGCUAGAGAGUUUCCAGAGAUUAAGAAAAGGAACACAAUUUUCCCACUCUUCUAUUUUGUACAGUAUCUGCAUUAUAUAAUUCUGUAAAUAUAUGUGUUCUAGCAUUCAGUUCUGUGACUUAUACAAUAUACAUUAAUUUACUAUUGAGCACCCUUCACGUAUAUCAGUAUAUUGUACAAAACAUUCCUAAUAACACACAAGUUUACAAAGAAGCUGGUGAUACAUUGUUGUGAAAAAAAUGUAGUUCAUUCUUCAUACACAGCAGUGAAUAAGCAUGUUUUCUGGUGGCAGACGAAAUUAGCUGAUCACAUUUUGCCUUGAACUUGUAACUGGGAAUUUUUAAAUAUAAUUUCCAACUUCCCGGUUGUGAUUGCUUGUUUGGGAGAAGUGACUGAGUUUUGCAUUUUGUCAGCAGAACUAAUAUGAAAAACCAAUUAGUUAAACUUUUUAGAGCAUUGUUUUGGUAUAUGAAGGACAGUAUUUAUAGCAAUGAGAGAGGAUGUCAUAUUAUUUCGAUAUAAAUAGUACUUUUUGUCUAACUCACACUGACAUUAUGAGUGCAGAUGGUGAUCAAAACUCUGGAGUUUUAAUGUUAAUUGCUUUAGCCAAUUUUCUGUGACCGUGCUUAAAAUAACUUUGUCCAUUACUGUAGAAAUCAUUUAAAAAAAAUUAUUUUGCCAACCAUUGUUAGUAGCAACGAAUUUAUUGACUUUGGUUCCUCCACGUCAUAUUUACAGAGAACCUACUUUAAAGGAUAGUCUUAUCCAGUAUUUAAAUGCCUGCUCAUUUUCCAUUGACACUCUAAAUACAGAUAGUUCAGGAUUAUUCUUCUUUUUCCUUAAAAUAGGAUAUAGGUUAAAGGUUCUUAAGGAUGUUUUUGCACUGCAAAAAUAUGACAGAUGAGUCUAAUUUAAGAGAAGCUCCUAGUUUUUAAAAAAAAUAAUCAGAAACUAAGGUUUGCACAGUGCUUUCUAAAUGCUUAGGAUCAUUAAAAGAAAUAAAACUGUUGAGUAGCUCAUUAAUAUUUAGCUAUGAUGCUCUUGCUGCAUUUUAUCCAAUAAAUUAGCAAAAGCUGACUGUCUUAGCAAAAACUUUGAAGAAUGAUUACAAAUGAGAUAAUUUUUAGGAGCUGAGACAAAUGUCUUUUCCUGUAUUAGUGCACACGGUUGUGACUAACUGGCUUCUAUAUUUGACAUGUUCAGCCAGGUUUGGAGAUGGAUUGUAUGAUUCCUACAUGAGAAUAGAUCAAAUUAGGUACCCAGAUCCUACAAAUGAAGAACACAGCCCUUCUGGACUUCCUUCACUUGGGAGAUCAAAUGUUACUAGCAACAAACUCACUAUGAAAGAUCAUCCUCUGACUGGAAGUCAGGUCAAAGUUGAGCAACUAUUUGAGGACUCUGGCAAUAAGAGGAGCAGUACUCUUCAGUCUGCAGGAAUCAGUAGUUCCGAAAGAUCUCUUCCUUCCCUGUCAAAAGAUAAAAGUAUAGACAGCUUAAGCACAGCCAAAUCUUGUGGAAGUUCAUCAAAAGUGCGUAAAGCUAUCUCUCAGGCUCCAGAGCAAGCAGUGAAGCAAUAUAAACAUCAGUUAUCUGCUUACGAGCAGCAAGAAAUAUGUAACUUUUCUGAAAUUUACUUUGUGGGUCCAAAUGCAAAAAAGAGGCAAGGAGUAGUUGGUGGCCCCAACAAUGGAGGAUAUGAUGAUGACCAAGGUGGAUACAUUCAUGUGCCUCAUGACCAUCUGGCUUACCGAUACGAAGUACUUAAAAUAAUUGGAAAGGGCAGUUUUGGACAAGUAGCUAAAGUUUAUGAUCAUAAACUCCACCAGCAUUUGGCCUUAAAGAUGGUUCGCAAUGAGAAGAGGUUUCACCGUCAAGCAGCAGAGGAAAUUCGGAUUUUGGAGCAUCUCAAGAAACAGGAUAAAACUGGCAGCAUGAAUGUUAUUCACAUGCUAGAAAGUUUCACCUUUCGGAACCACAUAUGUAUGACCUUUGAGCUCCUGAGCAUGAACCUGUAUGAGCUGAUCAAAAGAAAUAAAUUUCAAGGGUUCAGUGUGCAGCUGGUACGCAAGUUUGCCCACUCUAUAUUACAAUGUUUGGAGGCUCUUUAUAAAAACAAAAUCAUACAUUGUGACCUGAAGCCAGAAAAUAUACUUCUAAAACAGCAAGGGCGGAGUGGCAUCAAGGUUAUUGAUUUUGGGUCCAGCUGCUUUGAGCACCAAAGAGUCUACACGUAUAUUCAGUCUCGAUUCUAUAGGGCCCCAGAGGUCAUUCUGGGAAGUCGCUAUGGGAUGCCCAUAGACAUGUGGAGUUUUGGUUGUAUUCUGGUGGAACUGUUGACUGGAUAUCCUCUUUUUCCUGGAGAAGAUGAGGGAGACCAACUGGCUUGUAUGAUGGAACUUCUUGGAAUGCCACCUCAGAAGCUUUUGGAUCAAUCCAAGCGAGCCAAGAACUUCAUCAACUCCAAGGGUCAUCCUCGCUACUGCACUGCAACUACACAUACGGAUGGGAAAGUGAUCCUCAAUGGCAGUAGAUCACGCAGGGGUAAAAUGCGUGGUGCUCCAGGCAACAAAGACUGGGUGACGGCGUUGAAAGGCUGUGAUGACCCCUUGUUUAUAGAAUUCUUAAAAGAAUGUCUUAACUGGGAUCCUUCUGCGCGCAUGACUCCAAGUCAAGCUUUAAGACACCCUUGGAUUUGUAAGCGAAUGCCCAAACCACCCAGUACUGAUAAAAGCAUGGGUAAACGGAUAUCUAACUACACAAGCUCCUUCCCAGGAAUAGGUUCUAAGUUGCCUCCAGUAGUUGGAGUGGCAAACAAACUGAGGGCUAAUUUAACAUCUGAAUCAAAUGGCAGUAUACCUCUAUGCACUGUGCUACCAAAACUGGUCAGUUAAUAGAAAAUUAUGUAUUCCCAGAAUACAUACCUUGUAUUUUAAUUAUCUGCUAGAAACGUGUAAGGUGGUGAAAUGCAGAGGUUUUUAAUGGAUUUACUUUUCAUUAAACACUUAAUCUUGUACAAAAAAAGAUGAAUCAAAAUAUAAACAUUUCAAGGGCUAAUUGUUUUAUCAGGUUGUUUCAGUUGCAGUGUGGUGCAUAUUACAUCACUUGAUAGGUCAACACAUCUGUUCUGGUCAGUGAGAUUACAUGCUUUAACAGUUGUGUUUAAUAGCACUAUUUAAAAAAGAAUCAAAUCAUUUCUUAUCAGGACAGUUUCAGUUAGCAAAUGCUUUGUCACAAGACAGCAAGAAAAAAGCGUUUAAAAUUGUAUUCUGUUGGAUAGAAUGAGCUCUGCUUUCAAUUAAUCCCCAAGUGAACUUCUUAAAUUUGGAUGAAAUUUUACAGAUUUACUGUCAAGAGCACAAGUGUUUUAAUCUAAAAAGCGAGAAUGUUACCAGUACUUGCCAAUUUCAAAUUUAUAUUUGAAUGAUUUCGUUUCCCGACAGAAUGCUUUCCCCUUACACAUUUUGGAGGGCUCCUGGCAUAUAGGGAUCCAAGUUGCUGCAUUCCUAAAUUUCUUAGGCUGGGAUUUUCAAAGGAGCAUACAGGUAGUUAGGGUCACAUCAGUUGUGUGUAGACCUGCUAGGAUCAACUUCUGUACUGGGAUAUGCACUCACUACCCCCACUGAAGUCAAUGGGAGUUGCAGGCGUGCACAGGAGCAGAACUGGAUCAUAACAUGAAGUAUAAUUUGCUCAGGGCUAUUAAAAACAUUGUUUUGACUUAAAUUUAAUUAGGGUUACCAUAUUUUGAGUGUCCAAAAAGAGGACACUCCACGGGGCCCCAGCCCCGCCCAUGCCCCAA